UCGUUCUUUCACGCUGGUUCUCCCUCCUUUCUAUCUACCUGGCAAACCUCUGUUCACCUGAACAGCCAUCUUGAACUAAACGCCGCGCUGUUGCAGCUUGUCCUCCUUGAGACAACGUAUUUUCGACUCGUCGAGGUGAUCAGCCGCAUCGGCUCGUAGCUACCAGCGACUAUGUGAACCAAUUCAAACGGACUGACUGUCGUCGUGUCUCUCUUUGUCCUCGUUGAUCCCAUCUUCUUUCGCGCUAUAGAACGAGCUUCCUCCUUCGAGGCGAAUAUUUCGGUCGGUAUCCUUCGGUUCUGUACGAGGAAUAAAUUUGUCUAGUGUGUCGAGAAGAGAAGCGAGAGUUCCUUCGGAAAUUCAGUGAACUGGUGAAGUUAGGUGUUUGACAAUUUCGAAGACAGAUGUCUUCGAAGGUACAUACAUCGAGCGGAGUUUAACAAAGGGUAGGAGGAGAAGAAAAUAUAUUCGACGAACAUGGGUUCGAAGAUAGAAUAUGUGGAAUCCUCUCACAUGUACGCGACGAAUUACAUCCGCAACUCGAAGGCGAUCGGUGUACUUUGGGGCAUUUUCACCAUAUGCUACGCUAUAAUCGGUGUGGUGGCCUUCGUCACGCCGGAAUGGCUGGGCGAUUUGGAACACGAAAAUCCAGGAAGAUUCGGCCUCUGGACCAGGUGCAGCUACGGCGGUAACGGUGAAUUGGGCGAGGAAUGUAUAGGCAAAUUGGACGACCUGUCGACGAUCGCCAACAUUCCGUUCAGAGCGAGCACCAUUCUAGUCGGCAUCGCUGUCAUAAUCGCUUUGCUCACCAUUUGCGCGAUGCUUCUCUUCUUCUUCUGUCAGAGUACAACCGUGUUCUACCUGUGCGCUUGGAUGCAAGUUGUUUCAGCAAUAUCUAUGGCAAUUGGAGUUUGCAUUUAUCCCUUGGGCUGGGAUUCGCCGUUAAUUCGAGCUGUCUGUGGCGCAGCCGCAUCCAGAUACAAUCCAGGAGCUUGCGCCGUUAGAUGGGCAAUACCGUUAGCAGCGAUUGCCGCCCUGGACGCUGCUACCUUGGCCGCGCUUGCUUUUAUUCUGGCGGCCAGGCACGUCAGACUUCAACCAGAACCUUUCAACAACGGUUCCUUGUACAAGGGUGAGGUGAACCCGGGGUACGUGAACGAGGCGCAGAGUGUCGCCGGCUCCCGGAAAUCUCUCUCCUUGCGACCAGUUCUUCUGGUCGCCCCGCCGGAACAGGAUCGGUACAGCGAGCUCUCCAGAGCGAAAUCACACUCGCAUCACAGCCUCUACACGCCAGCGCCGACGCACCCGGCCCACACCAUGUCGACGAACACCUUGAAUCACUCACAACACAAUUUCCAAUUGUAGAUCCCCCGAAGAUCGUUGACUCUAUCGUUAUUGUACAUAUUGUUAUUCAUCUACCAAAAGAUUCACAAGUAUCUUUUUCUUCUUCUUUUUUUUUUAUUAUUAUAAUACUAUGAUAAUCCCAUAAAUUACAAGAAAACAAAACACUGUAAAUAAUAUUGUAACUUUCUUUUUUUCUUUCUUUCCUUGCAAUCGAAUUGGUAGUUGUUAUUUUAUCUCGAGAGAGAAAGAAUUUAUAACAUCACGCUCUAAUGGUCGUGAUACUUUUGUAUUUUGUAUAUAUCGUAAUUUCUCAAUGUUGUAAACUUCUUCCCUUUCGCAGUGUAUAUUCCAUGUAUGUAAUUAAUUCUUUUUAUACAUAUGUAAUACGUUAUAUAUAUACAUACAUACCAACGUGUUCUCUCAUUCCUAACGAAUAAAUGAUAUGUAAUUGUUGAACAGAA